AAGGAACGUCCACGUGUUGCUAUACGAAACCUUGUCUAGUCAAAAAAGCGCAGCUGAAAAGAAAAUCGAGUGUGAAGAAGAAGAAGAAUAGAUUAUCUGGUGUGUUUCGAUGGCGAUGACAGUAGCAGCUUCGUCCUCUGUGGCAGUGAUGAUUCCACGUGUCACCUCCGUCUCCGACCGCUUCUCCGCCGUUCCUUACCUUCCUCCGCUGCCUCCUCGCUCUUUUGGCCGAUCCUCUUUCACUGUUCCGCCGAAGCUAGUUUCAGGUAAUGGUUCGCAGAAGGGUGAAUUGAUGAAGAUGAGAGCUUCUUCAUCAGAUGAGACCUCAACGUCCAUUGACACCAACGAACUCUUCACAGACUUGAAGGAAAAGUGGGAUGGUCUUGAGAACAAGUCGACUGUAAUAAUAUAUGGAGGAGGAGCCAUUGUUGCUGUUUGGUUAUCUUCCAUUGUUGUUGGUGCCAUCAACUCUGUUCCUCUGCUUCCCAAAGUUAUGGAACUUGUUGGUCUCGGCUACACAGGAUGGUUCGUCUACAGAUACCUCCUCUUCAAGUCAAGUAGAAAGGAACUGGCUGAGGAUAUUGAUUCCUUGAAGAAGAAGAUCGCUGGGACCGAAUAGAUUCUUUUUUAAAUAAUAAAAUAAACCAUCUUUAUAUCUGGAAUUUUCUUGUAAUGUGAUUAUUGUACAAUCUCCCUGUUUCAACAAUGUAUCUUGUGUAGUCUGAAACUAUUAUCUUAGAUCCACUGGCAAUGAAAUCUAUUUAAAAGUUGACCCCA